CUAAUUCUUAUUUUUUUGAUAUCAACGGACAUGAAGUUUUUCAAACAAUGAGGAAAAAAGUCAUUUUAGUCGCUGUCUGCAGCGUUCUUUGGAUAACCGGGGCGUUUGGAGGAAGGCCAAGUGGGGAAGAUUAUGCCGCUGUAUGUACUUCUCCUCUGGGUAUGGAAAGUGGAGCUAUAUCAGAUGAUAACAUUGACUGCUCUCCAUCUGAAGUUACGAAUGGACACUGUUCUGCCACAUGCUCUGGAAGAUAUGGGAAAACAUAUCAAGCUUCAUAUUGGUGUCGAAGUAAUUCAAGUUAUGGAUUUUUUAAAGUAAGCUUCAGGGAUCAAAUUGUUUUGACUGGGUUUGCCAUUGAAUCUAGUAAAGCAUGUCAAAACUGUGGCAUAAAAAAGCUUUAUCUACGACAUGGAACUGGAUCCGGCAGUACUACAGAGUUUGUUGGAAAUACUACUGAAAAAAUAAUGUUUGAAAUUGACACAGAUGAUAAAGAAAUUUGGUUAAGUAAGCCGAUCAUUGCGAGAGAGGUUGUUAUAAUUCCAACAGAACAUAAUGGUUAUCUUUAUCCAUAUUUCUAUGCCAGAUUUGAAUUUUUUGGUUGUGCAUAUCAGGACUUUGCAUCUGCUGUUGGCAUGCAAACAGGAGCAAUUCCAGAUAACCAGAUCACACUACACCAAAAUGAAAUUGGGGAUAACUAUUUUAAUCCUCAUGCUGCACGGUUAAACAGUGUAAUGGAGGGUUGGAAAGGUUCUGCAAGUACACACCAUUCCUCACCAAGUUUUAGAAGAACGUGGUUACGUAUUGACUUCGGAAAAAGUUAUCAAAUUCUUUCCAUUGCAGUUCAACAAGCAACUUCAAGUGCUCAGCAAAACCUUAAUUAUUUUAUAUAUUACGGUGAAUCUCAAUUUUUGUUGAGACCAUACACUGGAAACGAAACUGAAGAUUACAUCUCUGGUAAAACAGCCAUGAUCAUAACUCCUCCAUAUACAGAUGUUGCUUACAAAGACACCAAAUAUCACUUCAUGUACCCAUUAUUCUCACAUCACAUAGAGUACUGCCCACACCAAGACAGUUUUGGCUACCCUUUUGUUAAGCUGGAAUUUUAUGGAGUUAAUUCACUUACCGCAAGUCACAGUUGGUCUCUUCAAUCGAAUUCAUUGGCAGAUGAAAUUAGAUUUCAAAAUUUGGUUUCAUCAGAGGAUUUGAACUUAGGAGAAGAAGGUUUAUCCAUUACAAACUCGUUAUCUUCUCAACUGCGUACACUUCCAUUUCAUAAAGAGGAUUGCUUAGUCAAAGCUGAAAAUUGUGGAUCUGGAUUCUCUGUUUCCUUUUCUGCAAAAGUGAAUGAAAUAACAAGAGGAAGUUUAAGUAGUUUUACAGUGUCAACCAUGUCCACCUAUCAUGGAGGCCAAUGCCAUUCAAGUGGUAUUAAUUCCAAGGAAAUAUUUGCGGUUUAUGUGCCCAACAUUGAAUUGAGAAGAGCUUUCAUCAUUGCUGCAGACUUGGAAUUUUCUAGCAUGGAAUCAUUACCAACAAAUAUCAAUUUCACUAGUGAAGUUAUUGUGAACAAAGAAGAAUCCUUUGUAUCUUCAUGUGGUUAUAUGACUGCCAAGAAGCAUAAUGCUCAUUAUGUUACAAUGGAUCGUUCUUCUGGCACACACAAAAUAGAUCUGAUGGGACUUCUGCAUUCUGUGGGUUCUAAAGUAUCACUUACCAUUGUGUUUAUUCCAAUCAUGGGAAAUGUUGUUGAUAUGAACAUCAAUAGCAAUAUUGAACUCAAAGUAGAAGCAAAACCUACUGCUGAUACAGAGUUGAAAUACAACACAAUUGCAUCUUUAACUAACGCCAGUUUUUCACAAAAUGAAGAUUUGUGCACUGACUCAAUAUUUGAUCCAAGUGGUGCCAAAAUCAACAUGGAAGGAGUGUGGAGAGAUUGCAGUAAUGGAGGAAAUUAUCUUGAAAUUGAUUUAAUGGUUUCUAAGGAAAUUGUAAUGUUAAAUGUUUCUGGGUUUACAGACGGUUAUAUCAAGGAGUUUAAUUUGCGAUAUUCUGUUGAUAAAACAACCUGGAAGGAAAUACACAAAUAUGAUGAUGCUUCACAACCUGAAUUUGUAUUCAAAAAGAGUAUUAAUGGCUAUGAAUUUAUCCCACUGCCUAGCAUUAUAAAAGGACGGUAUAUUCGCAUCAUUCCAAUUACCACACAAGGUCUCUACACACAGAUGAAAAUUGAACUAGGAACAGUAGAGGCCAAUGAUGUGGCAGUAGUAAAUUUGAAGUACGAUGGAGUAAUAGCCCGCAACGGUUUGUUACCCUGGAUAUUUAUCUAUGGUUUUGGCUCUCUUGUUCAUUCUCAUUUUUUUUAUCAAUCACUAGAAAAUGUAGUAUCAAAAGAACAUUAUGACUAUUUUAAUUGUGAUCGAUCUCUGUCUCACAAAAUUGACUCUGACAACACAGUGUGUUGUAUAUCUAGCGGGGACAUUAAAAAGAGAUAUGUCAGUAUUUUAAAUAAUGGUGCUAAUGUGGUUGAUUUUGAAUUGACCAAAACAGAUAUCUACUAUGUAACAACAGAUUUCUUGGUUUAUCGGAAAAGAAAAGCCACUGCAAGCGAUGCAUCUCCUGAUGAGAGUUAUGACGCAGGCACUGCCAUAAAAAAUAUUGCUAUGUCAACUUCGGGAGAUCUUUUUGGACUUGAUGUGACAAAUUCUUAUGUUUACAAGUUAGAUUUAAACACACCAUCUACUGGAUGGCAGCUUUUUUCUGAAACGGAUUGCUCUGUUAUUCGUGUUAGUGUUGACAACCAAUUGUGGUGUUUAAAAAAUGGUAUUGUUAUGAUGUGGGAUUAUGACCUGAAUGAAUGGAAAACCGCCUUGGUUACAACCAGUUGUGACACAUUUGAUGUUUCUGAAUAUCAUAUUGUUUGCAUUGAGAUUGAUGCAAAUGUUGUGACAAUUAGAAGAGAAUUGCCAGAUAUUGAAAAAGUAGCUUCCUAUAAUGCUACCAUCCCAAAAGUAUUUAUUAGCAAAGAUGGAGAAGAAGUUUAUGCAUUAGAUGCAGAUACAAAUUGUUUGAUGACUCAUGAUAUGUUUGGAGAAUGGAAGCCCAAAUUUUGUGGAGGAGAUUGUGUGGGUGUGAAGGAGUACGACCCUAACCAGUAUGCAUGUAUCAAAACAAGUGGAUAUACAACAAUGUCAGAUAAAGAACAAUAUCUUAUUAUUAGAGAAAAUCAACCUAGGAAUCGCACUGGGUAUGCUCAAGCCCAGGGUGUCUUUGUUGCAUUAAACGGUGGUCAUGUAUAUAUGUAUCACAAGAGUGGAAAAAUUUAUUAUCAAUAUCAUUUCACUAAUUACCACAAUGCAAGUGAAAUAGUAUACGAAACUUAUUAUAAUGGUCCUCUUUUUGCUCUUAUGGAUGAUGGAGAUAUUUACAAUUUUCAUGUUUUAUAUUGCAAUGGACCCUGUGAAAGUUUUCAAGCAACUGCGUCACAUUUAUACUGUUUGCGUGAUGGGCAUGUCUAUCAGUCUACCAAGUCACAACUGUCUUGUUCCUGGAACUUAGUGCUAAGUGAAGUAAUGUGUGAUUCAUUUGAUGCAAAUGAUUUAUUUAUUAUUUGUUGGGUAAAAGGUGCUGGAUUGUACAAGAAAAGAAUACCAUCUGAGAGUGGCUACCGACGUCCAUCGCCAAAGUUUCCUAUAAUAUCGAGUGGUUUUCAAAGGUUUAGUAGUACAAGUUUUGGUACUGGAUUCCAAGUAGCUCUUUCUACGCUGCACUCAUCCUUAAUGGUUUCAGUUCAGACACAAACAAUGUUGACAGAGGCCAUUUUUCAAAACCAUGGUAGGAUGGAUGCGUGGAAUGAUUACAAGUUUGUAUGGAAGGCCCAAAGUAACACAUUGUCAAUGUAUAUAAAUGGAACAGUGGUGAGUACAGCAACUGGUCAACAACACAUUCCAAAAGCAGUAAACCAUCCAAUGAAUUUUAUCAACUUUGGAGGUUUUUAUGAUCAAUUAUCAUCCUAUUCUCAAAAUUUUAAAAUACGAGACUUAAAAAUAUGGAAACGAAGCCUUAAUAUGGAUGAAAUUAACAGCCAGAAUAUGAAAGGUAUAUAUGGAGAAUUUGCUGCUACAGCUGAUAUUGGCUGCACAGCUGUUGCUGUUGAUCAAUCAAACGAAACAUGGUUCUGUUCUACACCAACUGGUAUUUAUUCCCAUCCAAUGGUCCAUUCGUUGAGUGUUUCAUUAUGGAAAUAUCACUCUAAUAUGACAUGCAAUGUCAUGAAACAUUUGAUGGGAUAUUUACUUUGCAUUAGCAUGGAUAAUUAUUUGCUUAUUUGGGUGUCAGAAAGUUGGUUAAAAUUAAGGAAUCCAGAGGCAUUGGAUGUUGGUUUAUAUCUUGAUGAAGGUUACUUGAUCUUUGUAAGAAAGGUUGACAAGCAAUGCAGAAAAUUUCACUUUGAAGAUACCUUGAACUGUGUACUCAACCAGUCGUCUUCUCUAUGUCCACUUACUGCGGAGAACAUCGAAAGCAAUUGUUUAUCACUUGAAAAAAGUGGAGAAAAACUGUAUAUGUUAAAAACCGACUAUUUAAUUUAUAGUAGACCUAGUACACCAAGUCUUUCUAACUUUUAUUGCCGCGAAAAAUUUGCUGUGAAUAAUCAUAUUAUAUGGUGUACCUAUCUUAAACAGAUUUUUAGAAGAAGUUCCGGGAUUUGGAUACCUGAAAUGGAACACUUAUGCGACGACUUUAUUGUCACCGUGAAUUAUAUUUUGUGUGUAAAUGAUGGUCGUUUAUACAUAAAAUACAGAGAAUUUUCAACAGAUACAAUUACUUUUGAUAAUACGAUUUCAAGAAAUGGAUACGUAGCUACUGGAACUUGUUCUCGAUCUCCAGAUGCCACAUCAGCAUGUUCAGAUGCUGAAUUAUCUAAAAUUGCAGGGGUUGAACCUGUGUAUUUUUAUGCAUCAAUCAUCACAAGCUAUAAUGGUGCCAAAGGGUUUUGUUUAAAACUUGGAGCAGAAUCUGUGAGUGUACAUAAUGAUGAAGUAAUGCAGGAAAUUUCAAAUUUACCUUCAACGAGCCCAAAAGGUGUAUAUUUGUCAUUUUAUGGUGCGUGGGAGGAUGGAACCCCAAGCGAUUAUUUCCCAUAUUAUCAUGAGAAACCAAAUUGUAAAAACAUGCAUUGCCGGUAUUAUUAUGCUAACUAUCCUCACUAUGAUUCCAAGUGGUUUUGUGAUGAUUGUAGACAGAAUUUUGCAAGAGUUUGCAAAAUUGGUGGAUACCUGUUGCAAAUGUCAUUUCAAGCAUCCGUUGCAAAAUACGCCAAUGGAACCGAAUGUGUCGCCAUGCCUUAUUUACCUGAAAUGCCAUUAGCAAUAGCAACAACUGAUAAUCCUUUGAGAGAGCACACCGUGCUUCAAUUUGAUCUAAAAAAAUUUCCAAAACAGGCGUUGAUAUCAAAAGCAUACCUUUCUUAUGUUGGACAGGGUACAUCUAAUGUGGUAGAGUUUGAAGCUUACAUUGGUAUAUUAAACAGGUCUAGCUCAGACUGUCCAAGUUCUGACUUUAUCCACAAUGAUUUGGCCUAUGUAGCUCCAGUCUUAUGGAAGAUAGAACCUCACGGUCAUAAUCAUUUAAAACAAUCCUCAGAUAUUUCAAACCUUCUACAAUAUUAUGUUAACACAAUGCCCAAAUUAUACCCAGCCAAGAAUAUUCCACUUGUUGUGUACUGGAGUAACGCUCAAGGCACCAAUUCCAGAUGGAUUAGGAAGUUGUCGCUGUUUGUAUUUUAUCUUCACAGGGAAGCAGAUCACUUCUUGAUAUUUCCAUCCAAUUCUAUGCAGGUGAAGUUUCCACCUGUUUCUUUUGAGACUGACCUGUAUUCAAAAAAUUAUCAAAGUUUUGGAUUUUGGUAUCAUAUGGAUGGGUCUGAUGUUGGGACGUUGUUUGUUUGGCUUUUUGACGCUGCUGAUGUAGAGAAUCCACAUCUGGCUUUUAUUGCACAGGGCAAUCAAGGAAGUAAAUGGAAAAAAGCUAUAAUUACAGCUCCUAUUGUGAAUGUUGAAUGGCGUAUCAAGUUUCUGGCGUACAAACGAAAUGACUUGUCUCAGGAUAUUUCUAUUGAUACAGUGGAGGCAUCUCCUUUGAGAUUUGAACCUGAAACUACUGAGUACAUUCCAACAUACAAAAUGAAUGGUGGUUCUUCAUACUUACCCCGCCUAAAAGAAUAUGGAUUACCCCAACCCAAGAUUUUGUUUCCGUUCACAAAAACGUAUGAUGGCCAUGCUGUAUAUAAUAAAACUUUAACAGGAUACAACGAAGCAUCAUUUGCAUGGAGCUCUGAUAAGUUUGCAUUUCCAUAUCAUGCCUUGAAAGUUACUCGUGCAGCUAAUGUGUUACUGGAAGUGUCUGACAUUUCUGAAAUAGCCGCUGAAGUAACAACAGAGUUUACUGUGGCUUUUAAUUUGAGAUUUGUUCUGUGGGACACACCAGUAACAUUUUGUCAAUUUGGCUCAACAGGAAGUAGUGGCAUUGAAAUUAUAAUCGAAGGAGACAAGUUAAAAAUCAGAAAUGGUGGUGAUGAUGUGUAUGAAUCUUCGUGGAACUUUGUGAGUGAUACAUGGACGUAUGUCGGAAUUAUAUAUGAAAACAAAACACUAGAAGUGUAUUAUAAUAACACGCUUGAUGAUGUUAGAGGUGCAUUUGAUCUAGUUGAAUUUCCAACAAGUCUUCAUAUGUUGCGCGAUCCAUCAAAGCUCGGAGAAAACGAUAUGUUUGAAGGGCUUGUAUCAUGUUUUCAAUUUUACAGUGAAGGUAUGACAGCAAAGCAAUUAGAAGCAUUGGAGUUCUGUCCAGACAGAGUAGAUCCAAUACUCUGUCCCCGUGAAUGUGCCAAUCAUGGACACUGCAGUCCAUUAAAAGCCGAGUGUGAGUGCAUCAAAACUGUUGAAAGAUAUUAUAAUCGACACAACUGUGAAAAUAGUGUUUCUACCUUCCGUCAAAGUGCGUUGUUGGAUCUGAAUUUUGAUCUACCAAAUGAGAAAUACAAAAAUAGUCAUAUGGAAAAAUCCCCUAUAAAUUAUGGACGAUGCAGUGAAAAUUCAUCAGAAAUUUUGACAAACAUAACGGAAAGCUCCUGUUUGUUAGAUCAAAAUGAUUGUAACGAUGGAUUCAUCCUUUCGCUUUGGUUAUAUGUUCAAGAAAAUAGAACUUUGGGAGACGUAACCUUUUUUGAACUGGGUGGCUUAAAAAUCUCAGCUGACUUUAAUUUUGAAGUGCAAAGUGCAAGUAAUAUUACAGGAAGAAUUGAAUGGAAAUCAGAUACAACGAAUUGCACUAUGUCUUUUUCAUUGCCCAUGGAAGCUUGGACCUACAUGAAUAUUUGGAUGGAGGAGCCUAGUAAAAACUUUAAAAUAAAAAUGAACGGAAAGGAAGUAGAAGGACAAGGAUCGUGCUCAACUAUCAAUGAGGAGCCCUUGAAUGGCAUAACUGCAUUAGCAAUUGGGAACAUCUUGAAAGUUUGUGUCGAUGAGAUAGCUGUUUACAAAUUUAAAGAUUACACAAAAACCAGUUUGUUAGACUUUUACAAUGUCAUUACAAAAGAUGACAAAGAUCCAAAAGUAAAACUACAUGCAGUAACUGAUGUUGGUACAUCUAAUGAUAAACGGCUUGAUCAGUUUGAUCAAUAUCUUCAAAGUCUGCCAACAUUUAAAAACGCAAACUAUACAAUCGAGAUUUCAUCUGUUAAAGAUCUUGAUGCGUAUGCCGUUGUUACCGUUAAUGGUCUCGUCACGGAGACAAUGGAGCAGGAGUUGACAACUUUUUAUUCAACCAACUAUUUGAAUGUUCAAUACAACAUAACAGGACACACUGCAAAUAAAGGCUACUACAGUUACCAAGCUAUUAAAAGCUCAGGAAAUUAUUUUGGAACCAUUGAAUUAUUUAUUGAGUCGAAUAUUUUAUGGACGGAUGAACUUCUGAAUGUUAGAAGUGAGGAUUAUGUCGCUGUAAAUGAUACAUUCAUUGAAGUUGCGAGUAAAUUUAUGGCGAAAACAAAUCUGCAUUCUUACUUAUACGAGUUUGGAAAAGUUCAAUUCAUUGAGUUUAGCAGUGGCUUAGUAUCCGCCUUUGUAGAUGUAAGUAUAGAAAAAUACUUCAAUCGGUUUCAUGUUGACAGCUUACUUGGUGUUCACUUUUUUAAUGGUACAAAUGGCUUUGUUUUUGAAAUUCAAAGAACAAACAAAACAGGACCAUUCCCACAUGCUAUAGAAUAUUCUGCAGCUGUAUUUAACGACAACACCAUCCAAAUCAACAUAACAAACCCUGAAAUCAUAAACAGACGGUAUCAUAAAGGCUAUUUCCUUAGAGCAUCUUUGUAUUACGUGUAUAAUGAUGAAUGGUAUCAUGAUGAAGAAAGAACAUUUUACACUGGAAAAAAUUCAUUUUUGUAUUCCCAUCUUACGACAUAUCGGUGGCAUCAUAUUACAGUACAUGCGCUAAGUCAUGAAGGUUGCAGUCCAUCAAGCAAUGUUACCAUCAUUGAGACUCCGCCUUCAGUUAACAUGAAAGGUCCAUCCUUCCACAAUGCAUAUGCUCAAGAUAAUGGCAUAAUGCUACAGUGGAAUCAUUACCCGUGGUGGGAAUGGAACGCACCACAUUUGUACUCUUAUGGUGUUCUAUAUAAACCGUCGAACGACAUUAAUGCUGAUAACAUUUCGACGUAUGACUUUGUAAACAUCAGCUCUUCUGUUACAUCAUUUUUGCUGCCAGAUCUUGAAAUUUAUACUGAAUAUAAUCUGUAUAUUGGUACAACAAACGAUAUUGGAUUUGGCGGGUUGUCCAACAUGAGGAGUGUGCGAACCAACCCUGGACCACCGGAGGUAGCACCAAACAUGACAUCAAUUCAACUUGUUGACACAACAAGAGUAAGAUUUGCGUGGAAUCCCUUUCCCAAUGAUAUAGAACUGUACAAUGCUCCUUCAAUGUCUAACUACGUCAUCAAGAUUAAUCCUAUCCAUCCUUCGUUAACUUCAGCAGAAUGUCAGCACUUCGAAGACUUUACUGGUCCAUCAGCUAUGUCAUAUGAAUUGCCAACUCAUUGUGAUCCAUGGCACACUUUUAAAGUUUCUAUAGCCAUACGCAACAGCGCAGGUUAUACUGGAGUUGAAAAUGUCUACUGCUAUACUCUUGGUAGAAUGGCUCCUGGUAAACUACUGGUGUUAAAUGCUACCAUUGGAAAUUCACUACCGGAUGACUUAACAUCGAUUAACAUUACUGUUGGAGAAGUGCUGGUAGAGCAGGAAAACACUAUAAUCACCCACUAUGAAGUUAGUUACAAAUCAUUAGAUUGGGAAGAUGAUUGGAAAGUGGUAAAUGUGAGCAUUGGACAUACGGAAGAGUUUCGAAACUCAUUACAAGAUGAAAAACAAUAUAAUAUGACUUGCCCAGAUCUGAUUCAUAGUAAUUCAUCGGCAAAUAUGACAAUGCCACAUUCGUCACAUCGUGUCAAUUACACCCUUCCUGCUCUCUAUUAUGCUAAUUAUACGAUCGUAGCACGAGCCUGUGGCGAAGAAGGCUGUAGUGCGCUUAAUAUCUCCACACGAAUAAGAACAGAUGAACAUACUCCGUUUUGUCCUCCACCCAAUAUUACACUAUUCAAUACAAGUUCAACAUCUUUAAAGGUAACAUUUGAAGAGAUGAGCCAUGCUUGUUUGUCUGGUCAGCUACAGUUCUAUGGCUUGCUACUUUUUGAAACUGAAGAAUAUGCCGAAUUUAAUCUGUUAACAUUUGAUGCACUGAAAGAACGAGCAAUGUAUAAUGAGACAAUGGAAACAGAAUUUGAAUUCAACAACUUAAAUGAAUAUUGGAAGUACACAGUGGUUGCUUUUGCGCAAAAUAAUGGUGGUCGAGGAGUCCUGUCAAAACCAGUUAAUGCAUUCACUGCAGAAGCAGCUCCUGAUGGUGUUCCACAGCAUUGCUCGGUUUGGCAUUACAACUCAUCUGCCAUUGUUUUGUCUGUUGGAAAGCCAGAACGAUUGCUGAUGAAUGGAUUGAUACAUUAUGAGGUUGUAGUCCGAAACCAGUUUGGUGACGAAAUCACUCGCACACUUGAACUGGAUGGAGACAUUACAACAACAGUGUUUUCAAACUUAACUAAGUUUAUGUAUCAUAACAUCUCCAUACGUGCUGCAACUGUGAAGGGUCCUGGUCCUGAGUUUAUGAUAUACAACAGAACUUUGGAAGAUGUUCCAAGUUUGCCACCAGAUAACUUUGCAGUGCACAACGUAACAAAUGAUACGAUUAUAAUAACAUGGACAGACAUCCCUCCUCUUUCUGUACAUGGCGAACUUCAAACGUAUUACGUCAGUGGAUGUGGUUUGUUGAGAAAUGAUACAUGGCAUUGUGUCAGUAAACAUGUUACAAGUUAUUCUGCAAAGUUCACUCUUUUCCCUGGUACCAUGUACAGAUUUACUUUGUCAGGGUGCACAAAUGUUGGUUGCGGAGCAGAAACAUACCUUGAGCAAAGCUCAUUAGAAAUGGUGCCUUCUGGAACUGCUAAUAACAUAACUGCUGAUGCUAUAACAACCAAUUCCAUUAAUAUUACUUGGACAUCUGUAAAACCAAUGGAAAAGCGUGGUGAUGUGAUAUUUUACAACGUAUCGCUCAUAAACAUCCCACACUACUGGCAGUCAUCAUCAGACAUAGAUGAAUUAUUUUUGAUACGAAACCAAACUCUUCUCCAAAAUGGUGUCAUGUCCUUAUUAUUUGAUGACUUGGACAAUCACACGUCAUAUAGAGUGUCAAUUACUGCAUAUACUGCAAUUGGAGCUGGUCUAACAUCUGAAGAAGUCAUAUACACUACAAGACAGAACCUACCAAGUGCCUAUCCGGAAAAUGUAACAGCAUUUGACACUAGCAGUAGCAGUCUGAACGUGAGUUGGUUACCACUUCAUCCAAGCGAUCACGAAGGGAUUCUUCUUGGUUAUAACAUCUCCUACAGUGUAUCGGAAGGAUUUACUGACAUCAGAGGUGGAAAUACAUCUGGGUUUCUACUUUGUAUUGGUGGUGAUAAAAGCAGCUGUGAAUUGACAGGACUGUCUCUUAACACACCUUUUGACAUUCUUGUUGCUGGGUAUACAAUUCGUGGUGUUGGUCCAUUGAGUAUAAUGAUUAAUGGAACGACAGGAGAGUAUGUUGAUGGGAAUUGGACAUCUUGGACGCAGUGGGGCUCAUGCUCCAAAAGUUGCGGCCUAGGGGCUGAAAUGAGGCAAAGAUGGUGUGUCGAACCCGAACCAGAAUUUGGUGGAAACUAUUGUCCAGGUUCAGCUAGAGAGUAUCGGGAUUGUCACAACUUCACAUGCCCUGGUUAUUAUUUGGCUAACCCUGGUGCGAGUUGCACAGAGACUUGCCGAUCUUUGGGUAGCGAUUUCGAUUGUGCGUUGAACAUGAAUUUUCAAAACAAGACUAGUGUAUUUACUUCAGCAAUUGAAGUUUCUGAUUUCACAAAACUUGUCAACAUUAACUGUAAUACUUCUGCAGAAACCAUUUCUUAUCAGACAUCUGUUCACCCAAGUUAUGAUAUAAACAAUGGGAUGUGUAUAGGGUAUUCGAAUAUUCCGUUAAAAAUUGAUUGUGAUGCGAAAUCAGAUGAAGCUACCAGACGUUUGUGUCGAUGUCUUGACAACGAAUCGACUCAGUACACUGAAUGGGCUAAUUGGGGUAUGUGUUCCAAAGAAUGCGGAACUGGUGUAUAUCAAAGAUUCCGAGAAUGCAUUAUGGCUAAUGGAUGUACAGGAACAGACAGAGCUCGAGAAGAUUGUAACAUAGAUCCUUGCCCAGUUCACGGUCAAUGGAGUCAGUGGAGUGAACUUUCCAACUGUACCAAGUCAUGCGGGUUUGGUGAUAGACUAAGAACAAGAACUUGUACAGAUCCAGCACCAAAAUAUGGUGGUAAGGAUUGUGAAGGGGAUGUUGACACUGAAGCAUUUGAAGGUUGCAACCCAAUGCCUUGUCCAAGACAUGGACAAUGGGGUGCAUGGCACAAUGUUUCAGAAUGUAAGCACUCUUGUGGCGAUCAAGGAUUUAAAAUCCAAAUGAGAUAUUGUAAUAACCCUUCGCCGCUUUAUGGUGGUAAUGAUUGUGUUGGAAAGAACAACAAAACGUAUCCCUGCGAAGGAAACAAACCUUGCAUGCCUGCCAAGUACUUGUUUAACGUGAGAUUCAUUGAUGAAUUAUGGGAAUACCCAAUGUAUCGGUUAGCAAACAAUAGGUCUGUCAAUCUCAGCAGAAGAAUCGAUAACGAGCUUCGGAAGUUUUAUGGGAGCUCCAUUCUCUCGCAAAUCACUGACGAUCUUGUCAUCGAAUUUCAUAAAAUGAGCAAAGGGAGUGUGAUUGUACUCUUCAGUAUUGAAUAUCAAGCUGUUCCUCACAUCGAGUCACUAAUUCUCCAACAUACCAUUGAAGGGGGUAUGCUCAAUAACAUGCCUGUUGGUUUAAAACACAUAUCUGUUCCAACUUUACCAAACGGAGCGCCUCAUUCAGUCAAAGCAGAAUCAAAUUCACCUUACACUAUCGAUGUGUCAUGGUCAUCAAUUAAUAUGUCAAUCGUCAAUGGAAACUUCUUUCUAUAUCAAGUGUUUUUUACAAAGCUGGACGUCGAUACUGAAGAAUGGGAUAACUUUGGCACAACUGAUACGAGUUAUACGUUGAUUGACUUGGAACCGGGUGCGUUGUAUGGUAUUCGAGUUCUAGCAGCUACUGAGAAUGGAAAUGGUGUAGCAUCGGAACUAAUAAAAAUCAGAACCGUAGAAGGAGUACCAUACAUCAAACCACCGUCCUGCACCUAUAUAAUAAUGAACGAGAGAACAGUCUACUUCUCAUGGGACGCUAUCCCUCCUUCACAAGUUCCUGGCGUUCUGCGUGGAUACGAGAUAAAGUUUCGAAAAUAUCACAAAGAGAAAGAGGAUUUUGCUAUCGCAGACGAGACCAUGUCACAAAAAACUGUCUUCGGUUUCAAGCCUUAUACAUGGUAUUGGGUUGAAGUAGCAGGUUUUACCAAUGCUGUCGAAAGGGUUGGCCCACAUGAAGUGUUCGUGUUUCGUAUGCCACCAGGCGCUCCUGAAAUUGCGCCUCCAAACGCCACUGCGCAUAGCCACUACUCCACAACGGAAAUGCUCGUCACUUGGGAUUUUAUUCCAAAAGAAGAUGAAAACGGUUACCUCAACGGUUACAGGUUAUAUUACCGAAAGUAUCAACAGGGUGGUCUCGAUACAGUUGGAGAACCGUUUAUUGUAGUGACUUUGGAUCGAUUCACGAAAAGUUACAUGAUGAAAGGUCUGGAGAGCUACACGCAGUAUGAAAUCACUAUAUAUGGUUAUUCUGCUUAUGGUGAUGGACCGUCUGCUGUCAUUUAUGGAGAAACAUGCAAAUGCCCCAAAUAUAUAUUCAAUAAUUGGUAUGAGCGCAAACCUUAUGUGGAACAGGUGACACCUGAUACAGCAGAAGGUUUAUUUCCAGAGUUGCUGACAAUGGUUUUAAACGGUGUGUGUAUGCAAUGCAAAUCGUACUUACCCACCAUGUAUUACAACAAAACGAGGGAUGGUCGUACAUCGAAGAAAAGAAACGUGGAGCUAGUUAAAAAAUUUAUCGAUGAAAAUGUGCACCAAUCGUUUCCUAUCUUUGGUAGAUUCGAAUUGACCCGCUUUGGAGGUGUGCACCCGUUUAUUGGUAUCAUACAGUCUCAAGGGAGUGCUAUGUUGGUCUAUCAACCGAAAUAUAACACUGUUGGUUUUGGUACGAUCCUCUCAUCUGUUGCAGCAGCGUGGCCUGUUAUAUUAAUCGCUGUUUUAUUAGCCACGAUGGCUGGAUGGGUGUUCUGGUUUUUGGAGCAAACUGCUGAAGAAAGUGAUUUGACGCAGAACAGAAGUAUCUACGGAGCUUUUGAAGGAUUUUGGAUGUGUUUUAUUACCAUGACAACUUUAGGUUAUGGUGACUAUGUACCAGCCGCUAAUAUAUCAAAAGCUGCGAUGAUAUUUUGGAUUCUUAUGGGACUCUGCAUUGUCAGCAUUUUUGGAGGUGCUGUGUCUUCUGGUAUGAGCGUUGGAGCGCUUGCGACAGAAUAUAAAUUGUAUGGCUCAACGGUCGCAGCUGUUAAAAAUUCCUUCGAAUUCCGGACAGCCAUCUUGCGAAAUGGUAUCGUCGACAAACAAGUGAAUUACACGUCUAUUCUGGACGUGAUAAACGCUGUAUCAAACAGGAGCGUUGAAAUUGGACUUGUUGAUGCUAUAUCCACGCAGGGUUACGAGAAAGAACUUGAAGCGAAACAAGUAAGAAUCUACAAAAUAUUAGAUUUAAACAGUGGAUUUGGUGUGGUUUUAUCUGGAGAGUUAGCACGAAUCGAAAACGACAUGAGAAGUUUUGUUUCGUCAAAUCAAGCGAAAAUCUCAAUGUUUAUUGAGAAGAAGAUUGGUAUCUUGCAGCCUGCUAUCCUUGAUAUUGAAGAACUGCUCCUUACGCCCGAAGAAUCACAAUCUAUGUUGACAAAGUUGCUUAUCGCGUACGUUGCAAUGGCAUUCAUUGGUAUAGUCGCCUGGUUCCUUAUUGUUGUUAGACCAAAAUAUGCUAAAGUUUCUCCACAAGAUCAAAUUCGAAGUCAGCAGGUCGACUUACAAACUUGUCAUGAGGUGGUAGAGAAAUUUAAAAAUGAUUUUACAGAAAGAAUGGAGCAGUUGGAAGAGCUACAUAUCAAUGAAAGAGUUGAGUUAAAUGAUCUGAAAAGAAAUUACGCAAUGCAUGUCAGGAGAGGAGACAUCAAACCUGUGCCGGAACAAACUGAAAAGAAGAAGAAGAAAAAGCGGCGUGUUCCUAUUGAAAGUUCUGCGUGAUUCGUUUACAUAAAUCACUCGAAAAUGCUCGCUAGGCGCUUGAAAGGGGCGAUUUUAACAAUUUCUUUUGUAAUUAAGUAUUUACUAUAAAAAUUAUCAAAUUGGAAGCUUUUAUUUGUUUUGUUUUUGACAAAUGAUUUUCUGUAUCAGGCUUGCUCCUUUUGCAUUCGUCUUUUUAACUUAUUAACCUUUUGGCCUUGAAUAGAGCAAGGUGAAAAGUUCGCACUGAGGAGUUAAUUUAUGAUAGUAUUUGACACAAACAACACAGCACAAAAAAAUAUAUGUAAAUAUAUUUGUAUCUAUAAUGUAUAUAUAUUAAUCCUGUUUAUAUUGUUUAAUUAUUUAUUAUAUGUUAAUAUUAAUCCUUUUUCGACGUUGUGUUAAUUGUAAAUAAAUUUCUAAAUUGAA